CCACUUUCAGUCUGCAAUGACUACUGCUAUCCUGGAUACAGCAGGAAAAAGAAGGAGGGACAGAAAUUUUGCUGCUACGAUUGUGCUUUAUGUCCAGAAGGGAUGGUCUCAGGCCAUAAGGACAUGGACGCCUGUGUCAAUUGCGCAGAAGAUCAGUAUCACAACAAGGACCAAACUCAAUGCAUUCCCAAAGUUCUAAGCUACCUCUCUUACAAAGAUGAAUUGGGGAUUGUCUUGGCUAUCUUAAACAUUUCUUUCUCUUUCAUCACAAUAACAAUACUACAAACUUUUAUGAAACACAAGGACACUCCCAUAGUCAAAGCCAACAACUGGACUCUCACUUACACCCUCCUCAUCUCCCUCCUCCUCUGUUUCCUUUGCUCUUUGCUCUUCAUUGGCAAGCCUGGAAAGGUGGCCUGUUUUCUCCGACAAAUCAUUUUUGGCAUGGUGUUCACUGUGGCUCUUUCUACCAUUUUGGCAAAGACUAUCACUGUGGUUCUGGCAUUUAUGGCAACCAAACCAGGAUCUAAAACAAGAAAAUGGGUGGGGAAAGGACUCACAAAUUCGAUUGUUCUUUCCUGCACCUUUAUUCAAACUAAUAUAUGUACUAUUUGGUUAAGUAUUUACCCUCCAUUCCCAGAUGUGGACAUGCACUCAUUGAAGUGGGAAAUCAUACUGGAAUGUAAUGAGGGUUCGGCUACCAUGUUUUACUGUGUCCUUAGUUAUCUUGGCUUCCUGGCCAUUGUCACCUUCAUUGUGGCUUUCCUAGCCAGGAAAUUGCCUGACAGUUUCAAUGAGGCCAAAUUUAUAACUUUCAGCAUGUUGGUGUUUUGUAGUGUGUGGUUAUCAUUUGUACCAACCUACCUAAGCACCAAAGGAAAAUACAUGGUGGCUGUGGAGAUCUUCUCCAUCCUGUCCUCUAGUGCUGGAUUACUGGCUUGCAUCUUUUUCCCUAAAUGCUACAUAAUUGUCUUGAGGCCUGAGCUAAAUAGUAGAGAACGUAUAAUGCAAAGAAAAGUAUGAAGAAAAUCUAACUUCAGCUUUUAAUGAAAAUCUAACUUCAGCUUUUAUUGUUUUAUACAGUUACUAUGACCCCUGAAUUAUGCUCAUGCACAUCCUGACCUCUGAUGCUUGUUAUCUUGCUUAGUCCCCAAGAGGGAAAAUGACCUUAAGGGUCAGGGUAGGAUAGCAUGCAACAACUGCAGCUCCAAUGAGAAUGGAAAAUGUCCAUGAGAUCUCUCCUCCUUCCUCCAUGACUAUAUGUAAAGUAAAUAACAUGCUGCCAAUAUAGUGACGCCAUGCUGUUUUCCUCCAGGGUUCAUGGGGGCUAGACAGUACAACUCAUCUCUGUCAUUCCUGGCUGCAUAGACAUAAUGCAGAAAACAUUUUGUUCUAUUUACAGAUAUUUGAAGACUUCUACUAGGAAAAUAAAGCAUUUAAAUUGACUUGGAGCUGGCUGGAAAUGUGUUUCCUUAUUGUAUGAAAUAUCUUUCCCGCCCUUCUGUCCUUUUCUCACACCUGACUAGUUAAGGUCCUCAAUAUGUGUCUGCAUAAAAUGAUGCUUCCAACAAGUCCAAUGGCAGCAUAGAAAAACACUAUUAGGGGAAUGUGUA